AUGGACUCCAUGGACUGGUUCGACCCAGCCAGCACAGACGCCUCCAUCCAAACCCAAAAGCUCAACCACGCCCUCAAAACAGGCGGCCGCAUCUUACUCCGCUCAGCCAGCAUCGAACCCUGGUAUAUCCAGCGGUUCGAGCAGAACGGGUUUGCGGCCCGCCGUGUGGGCGCUCGCUUCCCGGGGAGUUGUAUUGAUCGAGUUAAUAUGUAUGCUUCGACGUGGAUAUGCACGAAGGUUAGAGAUGUCAAGGAGACGCCAGAGAGGGCGAUGUCUGUGGAGCAUCUUGAGAUUUGA